AUGGAAGGACUGGCACGUGUAUUCCUGAUCGGUGGUCCCUCGAAAGCAGUUCGUUAUGAUGAGCAGACGACCAUUGAACGUGUUAUCCAUGUCGUCGCGCGAGGAAUCGGCAUCUCAAAAGUGGCUGUUGCUCAUUUUGCUCUUCGACUCGUCACUGGUCCAUCUCCACAAACAGCGGGUUCCGGAGAUUCACUUUGGCUUCAUCCAUUGCUUCGAAUUGCACAAUUACCACAUAUCUAUGCGAAACAUCUACCAAUCGGAGUUUGUGAUGAAAUCAAACUAGAAAUGCGAAUGAGACUAAUGCCACAAUCCGUAUACGAACUCCAAGUCACCGACAGUUCCGCGUUCGUCUAUCUCCACGAACAAGUCGUCGACGAAUUUUUCAGCCACGUGGCGUGGAGGUCUUCUGUGGAAGUGGCUCUGGAAGUAGCGGCUCUUAAGAUUUGUAGAGACUUUGCGGACCAUAACAAAGGCGCAGAUCACCAUAUGGAAGAAGUGGAUAUCGAUGCAUGUAUACAGUCUCUGAUUCCGAAUGUUCUUCAUAAUCCGAACCUGAAACAUAGUCAUUUGAAGAAACAGUUCAUGGCAUAUAUGAAGAAGUUCUCGGCAACUCCGCCGAAUGAAUCUAUCAUCAGAAGCCUUGCUCUUCUUCUAGACGUCGUCAAGUUUGAUGUGGAAGUUUUCAAAGCAAGUCUAGGUGCUGGAUGGACGAAUCCGGUGGAGUUGGUGGUGGGACCACAUGCUGGAUUGUCGUAUCGGCUGAAUGAAAGAUGUGAUACCUCCCGCCUUUUGGAACUUCGAACCAUUGCUGACAUUACAAUCCGAAAAAUGGAGCACGGAUCAGAAAAGACACUGUUGCAACUGAAACUAUCCGGCGCUGCAAAACCAGUGAUGAUAACUCUCUCCACAGAAGAAUUGGCACAAUCCCUGGCACAUCUUUUGGAUGGAUAUCAAAUGCUGUACAACCAAGGAGAUAGUGUAUUCAAAUUAAAAGGAAUCGAGAGAUGUGAAACCAUGACGAUGCAUGAGGCAACGAUUCGACCGAAGACUCCGAAUAAUAUUGACAAUAAUAUCAGGUUACGAAGAGAACUGAUCACUUUGAAAGAACUUAUUGGAGGAGGGCAGUUCGGAAAUGUAUAUAAAGCAAUUUAUCAUGACUUGGAGAAGGAUGAUAGGAUAGCUGUGGCUGUGAAAGUUUGCAAGAGUGAUGCAGAACCAUCAGAUACCCAGUUGAUUCUCCAGGAAUCAAGUCUGAUGCGAAACUUCCGUCACGCUCAUAUCAUCCAGCUUAUCGGAGUGUGUGUUGAUCAACCAAUGUGGUUAGUUUUGGAAUUGGCACCUCAUGGAGAGUUAAGAGAAUAUCUUCAACAAGAGAAGGAUUGGCUUCCCCUUCGAACUCUAACUCUGUUCUCAUCUCAAAUCUGUGAUUCACUGGUUUACCUUCAUUCCACUCGAUUCGUUCACAGAGAUAUUGCUGCUAGAAACAUCCUCGUUUGUUCUCCUCAAUGUGUCAAACUAGCAGAUUUCGGACUUUCCCGAGCACUAGACUAUGAUGCAGUUUACACAGCUUCACGUGGAAAACUUCCUAUCAAAUGGUUGGCUCCAGAAUCGGUCAACUAUCGACAGUUCAGUAUGGCUUCUGAUGUAUGGAUGUUUGGAGUUUGUAUGUGGGAAAUCUAUUCAUUAGGUAUCAAACCAUGGGCUGGUGUCACGAAUAGUGACGUCAUCAUGCAUAUUGAACAAGGAUCAAGACCUCCAUGUCCUGAGAAAUGUCCAGCGGCACUUUAUAAUUUUAUAAGGAACAAAAUGUGGGCGAUUGAGCCUCAUAAACGGCCGACAGUGGAUCAGAUUCAUGCGAUCAUCGAAGACGUCAGACAUCAAGUUCUUCGAAAUGUUCCACCUGAUCAAAUUAUAGUUGGUAAACCUUUAAGCCCUGCCGGAGUCAUAGUUGCCGAAAUGUCUAGUCUUCCAUCUCUAACCGUCUACCGUACUAUGGAAGAACAGAAGCGACAAGCAGAAGAAGAUGCGAAAUGGUUGGAAGAGGAAGACGGUGACAUUGAUGAUGAGUUGGAACCAGAUCAGAUUCCAUCCACGUCACACUCGUCGGUGGAGAACAUCCGAACGUCCAAUGGAUACCUACAUCACACUCCAACGUCAACCAGGUCACUGCGGUUUGAGGACAAAACCUCACGGGAACUGCGACGGAGUGUGGACGGCGUUUGCGACGCUGUGACAAAACUCCAAAACUCAUUCAACAAUCUGACACAUAACGAGGACUUUCUGCAUUCUGUCAAAGAGGUGACGUCACAACUCAGAGAGAUGUUGAUAGUGGCAUCAGGAAUGAGGGAUCGGGUAACGACGGCGACGCAGAGAACAGAAGUGGAUAUGACGAAGACGUUGAUUGCGAAUGAUAUGAAACAAAUGAGUCGGGUGAUGGCAAAGUUACAAGUUAAUGGAGAGCAGACGAUCUUCAACACUCUUCGUCGAGACGUCGUUCGGAUUUGUGGAGAACUAGCCGUGAAUUGCACAACUCUCCAACUGCAACUAACUCAACCACCACUGGAAAACGAGUUCUCCGCAUUACUUUCAAAUUGUUAG